UUUCCAGUUUGCUUCUGUUAUCCACUCACUGACCAAUAACUUCUCGACCAUAGAGAGAGAGAGAGAGAGCAACUGAGCUAAAGCACAGCCUCCUGAUCCUUCGUUUAUCUACACUGCAUCAAUGGCUUGCACAGCCGCUUCAACAGCUCUCCUCUCGUCUUCCUCAUCAAACCCUAGGGCUUACAUUUCUCCUAAAUCCACCGUUCCAAGACUCUUCUCUCAAACCCUGGCCAUCCCCAACUCCUUCAAUGGCCUCCGCAAACCCUUCCGAUCACAGGUCCGUCGUUCCAUCUCGGCCCGCCCCUCUCACUCCCGUCGCAACCUUGUCGUCAGAGCUGGUGAACUCCCACUAGUGGGAAAUCUGGCACCAGACUUCGAGGCAGAGGCUGUUUUUGAUCAGGAGUUCAUCAAGGUUAAACUUUCUGAAUAUAUUGGGAAGAAAUACGUGAUACUCUUUUUCUAUCCUCUGGAUUUCACAUUUGUCUGCCCCACAGAGAUCACUGCUUUCAGUGACCGGUAUGCAGAUUUUGAGAAGUUAAACACCGAGAUAUUGGGUGUUUCAAUCGACAGUGUGUUCUCCCACCUUGCAUGGGUGCAAACAGAUAGGAAGUCUGGAGGACUUGGUGAUUUGAAGUAUCCAUUGGUUUCAGAUGUGACAAAAUCUAUUUCAAAAUCUUAUGAUGUGCUAAUACCAGAUCAGGGAAUUGCAUUAAGGGGACUUUUCAUCAUUGACAAGGAAGGAAUUAUUCAGCACUCGACCAUUAACAAUCUUGCAAUUGGCCGCAGUGUUGAUGAGACAAUGAGAACACUUCAGGCAUUGCAAUAUGUACAAGAGAACCCAGAUGAGGUAUGUCCAGCUGGAUGGAAGCCUGGAGAGAAGUCCAUGAAACCAGAUCCUAAGCUCAGCAAGGAAUACUUUUCGGCAAUAUGAAGGUUCUAUUUGUCGUUCCGAUAGGAGGUUGUAGAGAGUUUUGUUUUUGUGUAACAUUUUAUCAAACUUAUUUUUGAGUUUUGAUAAGCAGUUUCUGGGAAUAAAUGAAUCGAAUCAUAUGUGCCCUGUAUGAAUUUUAUUUCUUCUCUGAAUGUAUGGGUACGUUAUUUCAAAAUCAGUUUUAAGGGUUAUAGUUUUUAUCCA